GGUUUGCCCAUGCGUAAAAGUGACCGUUUACUGACAAAGCACUUAAGCCCAGAAGCUCGGGGCUGCGGUGGCCCGGUUCCUGUGUCCACGAGGCGGUCCAGGUUGCCGGCCGUCGAGAGCCGCCAGUCUCCCAGGCACCGCCGAGGCCACCCCAGGCGCUGCGCGGGUCCUGACGGGGGGCGGGGCACGCCAGUCCGGAACAGACGCCGCGCCGCGCAUGCUCCUUCCUUUCCAGCUCCGGACCGGGACGCCGAAGUCGUAACGAUGUUGAUGCCCAAGAAGAACCGGAUUGCCAUUUAUGAGCUCCUUUUUAAGGAGGGAGUGAUGGUGGCCAAGAAGGAUGUUCACAUGCCCAAACACCCUGAACUGGCAGACAAGAACGUGCCUAACCUUCACGUCAUGAAAGCCAUGCAGUCUCUCAAAUCACGAGGCUACGUGAAGGAACAGUUUGCCUGGAGACAUUUCUACUGGUACCUUACCAACGAGGGUAUCCAGUAUCUCCGUGAUUACCUCCACCUGCCCCCCGAGAUCGUGCCGGCCACUUUGCGCCGUAGCCGGCCUGAGACGGGCAGGCCAAGGCCCAAAGGUCUGGAGGGCGAGCGACCUGCAAGACUCACGCGAGGGGAAGCUGACAGAGACACCUACAGACGGAGCGCUGUGCCUCCUGGUGCCGACAAGAAAGCCGAGGCCGGGGCUGGGUCAGCAACGGAAUUCCAGUUUAGAGGCGGAUUUGGUCGCGGACGUGGUCAACCCCCUCAGUAAAGUGGGAGCGGUCAUUUGGUAUUGAAUGAGCUUGUGACGAAAAAAGAAUCUUGUGUGCCCGUCUUUGCAUAAUGUAGUCUGAUCAGGAAUGUUUUAGAAGUCAGUGUAAAUGGGGCGAGACUGGAUUGGUUGGGGGGAAGUCCCACGGCAGCGGGACAUGAUCAACAAUCUCAGUAAAGUUGGAGCGAUUAUUAGUGUUUGAAUAAACUUUGGAGAGAAAAUGGUCUCAGCAAACUGGGAGCGAUUUUGGUGUUGAAUAAACUUGUG